AUGUCGACCACAAAUAAUACAAUAAGUCUUGCUGAAAAAGAUGUAGAUAAAGCUAUUGAAUCUGUUCAAGAAUAUUAUGAUACAAUUGAAACAAAUAUUGAUAAUGUUAUUGAACAAAUUCAAACAAUUAUAUCAAAUCCAAUUGAUGAUACACUUGUAAAAAGUUCUAUUGAAAAUUUAAUAAAACCAUUAGCUAAACAAUAUAGUGAUAAACAUAAAGAUUUACAUGGUUCAAUAUCAAAAAUAGGUAAAACAAUUGAUAAAUAUUUUCAAUCCGAUUUUGGUAAUGUUCCUAUAAUUGAAUUAUUUGAUACAACAGAAAAAUUAAAAUUAAUUUAUAUGAUUAUAUGUGAAGAUUUAUAUCGUCAAGGACGUAUGUCAAUAGCUGAAAAAUUAAUUGAAGAAACAAAAUUAAAUGAUAAUGAAUUAUUUAAUAUUGAAAAAAAUUUUCUCGAAGAAAUAAAUAUGAUUUUAGAAAAUAUACGUGAAAAAAAUCUUUUACCUGCUAUUGAUUGGUGUAUAAAACAUCGAAAUGAAUUAAAUAAAACUAGUAGUUUAUUAGAAUUUCAUUUACAUAAAAUGCGUUUUAUUCAAUUAUUACAAAUGGAAAAUUUUGAUGAAGCAAAAAAUUAUUUAAUACAUUUAAGACAAUAUUCUAUACUUAAUGGACAAUGUGAACAAGAUAUUAAUCAUUUAAUGGGUGCAUUGGUUUUUGCUCGAAGAGAUUUAUCACAAUCACCAUAUAAAUAUUUACUUGAACCACAUCUAUGGUUACAAUUAUCGGAAUUAUUUAUGCAACAAGCAUUUCAACAAGUUGGUCUUGCACAAGAUAGUCCACUUUAUGUUGUUAUGAAAAUUGGUUUUCAAUCUUUGCCUGCUCUUAUGAGUAUAGUAAAUGCCAUGCAAAAUACACAAGUAUGUCAUAUAUUAACAAAAGAUGAAUUACCAAUAGAAGUAGAUGUUGGUCAAGAACAUCGAUAUCAUAGUGUAUUUGCUUGUCCAAUUCUUCGACAACAAACAACUGAUCAAAAUCCUCCAAUGAAACUUGUUUGUGGUCAUGUUAUAUCAAAAGAUGCACUAAAUAAAUUAUCUAUACAAAAUAAACUUAAAUGUCCAUAUUGUCCUCUUGUUCCUCGAGAUGUGCUCCACCGGCUGCUCGAGGGACUUCAAACAGCCGAUAAAAACGGCUAUGGUGAUGGACAACAUCACCAAGGACUCUUACCUGAGUCUAAACCAACACCGGUGGUCGGAAUUGGCCUUGAUUCAUGUGUUAUUCCAAUACGUCAUGGAGGGCUUUUUCUGGUACAAUCAACUGCUUUUUUCUAUCCAUUAGUCGAUGAUCCAUUUGUCAUGGGAAAAAUUGCAUGUGCAAAUGUAUUAAGUGAUGUUUAUGCAAUGGGAGCUGUUGAAGUUGAUAAUAUGUUAAUGUUAUUAAGUACAAGUAAUAAAAUGACUGACAAAGAACGAGAUACAAUAAUGCCAUUAAUUCUUCAAGGAUUUAAAGAAUGUGCUGAAGAAGCAGGUACAAGUGUACAAGGUGGUCAAACGGUAAUUAAUCCAUGGUUAAUUGUUGGUGGUGUUGCAACUGCUGUAUGUACACAAAAUGAAAUAAUCAUUCCCGAGAAUGCUAUUGUUGGUGAUGUAUUAGUAUUAACAAAACCAUUAGGCACACAGGUUGCAGUUAAUGCUCAUCAAUGGCUUGAAAAUCCUGAUCGAUGGAAUCGCAUUAAAUCUGUUAUAAGUGAAGAUGAUGUUCGUAAAGCAUAUCAACGUGCAAUGAAUUCAAUGGCAAGAUUAAAUAAAAUUGGUGCAUCUCUUAUGCAUAAAUAUAAUGCUCAUGCAUGUACAGAUGUAACUGGUUUUGGUCUAUUAGGUCAUGCACAAAAUUUAGCUAAACAUCAAAAACAUGAUGUUUCAUUUGUUAUACAUAAUUUACCAAUUAUUGCUAAAAUGGCAACAAUAAGUAAAGCUUGUGGUAAUGCAUUUGGUCUAUUACAAGGUACAAGUGCUGAAACAUCAGGUGGUUUACUUGUGGUUUUACCACGUGAACAAGCUGCAGCUUAUUGUAAAGAUAUUCAAGCACAAGAAGGUUAUCAAGCAUGGAUUAUUGGUGUAGUAGAAAAAGGUGGUCGAACAGCAAAAAUUAUUGAUAAACCAAGAAUUAUUGAAGUACCAGCAAAAGAUACCGAAGGUGAAUUAUGGUAG